CACCGCCUGCCGUGCGCCAAUCUUCCCCCUCUCGCCGUCGGAUGCCUCGAAUGAGGAUCCAGUGCUGCUUGCGAAUAGGCGACCAAAUAAGCAGCUCCCCUUUGGGAGCUGCGGCCCCCAAUCGAAUCAGCAAGAGCAUCAGCUCUUUAGGGAGCGGCGAUCCGCAAUCAAGCGGCUCCUCUCCGAGCUGCGACCGGCAAUCCAAGCAAUCAAGCGGCUCCUCUCUGAGCCGCAGUCGGAAAUCAAAGCGGCUCCCUUUUUUAGUGGCUAAUCCGGAAUCAAACCAGUCCUUUCCAGAUUACAAUCAGAAACAGGCCCUCUUUCGAAUUCAGUCUCCGAGUCUCUAUUGGUGGCGAGGACCUAGCGGCUAUAUAUAAAUAUCUGGCCAGGCGGACGCCGCCAUACUUCUCCCAGCCAAUCUUCGGAGGAGACCAAGCGGGGGCAACUCGUGAGCCUUCAUCAGCUGCCAAAUUCACGGUGACCAAUUCUUCUCCUGCCUCGGCGGAUCUUCGUGGCAGCCAUGGGGAAAGGCAAUAAAGAUGAUAGGCUCAGCGCACUGCCUGAUGACAUUCUAUUCAACAUUCUUGAUCGUCUCAAUGUCCCCGAGGCUGCAAGAACCAGCAUCCUCUCAAGACGGUGGAGUCAGCUCUGCCCUAAGCUCUCUCGUCUUAUAAUAAAUGCUCUGGACUUCCUGCCUGAGGUUGUGUCACGCACCAACAUCUCUGUUGAUGAAGUGGUUAAGAUCAAUGCAGCUGCGGCUGAAGCGACAGAGAGUGUACUGGCACGUAGAAAUCCAGGUGAACACACCAUCCACCUUCUUUCUACGACGUUCUACCUGAGAGGUGAUGUCCCCAUAUUCAUUGGACAUGCUGUUGGUCAUGCCAUGUCAACACACUUGGUCGAGAAUGUCGAAUUCAGUAUUAGGACAGGGAAGGAUCAUGUCGCUGAAAUUGAAGGUGAUGAUGAAUUGGUCACCUGGGCGAGAGAAUUCAUGUUGUUCUUUGAUGCUUGUCCAAAUGCAUUUGGUGGUCUCACAAGCCUCGACCUGGGGAAUUUGAGGUUUGGUGAAUCAGGCAUAUCCUGCAUCCUCACCACCUGCAAGCGGUUGAAGCAUCUGUACUUGUACAAUUGUGACUCUGGUGAUGGCAGCACGCUGCAAGUCGAACACGCUAAUCUCAGUGUGCUUUGUAUCGUUAAUUGUUGUCUUGCACAAGUUAAGCUGAACUGGCUCCCUCAACUCACACAGCUGGCGUUUGACGGUUGGAUAGAAUUACAAGAUCCACUGGUUCUUGGUCAUGUUCCAUUGCUUGAGGCUGUAUGCCUCACGAAUGUUGGCCUUAGUGUCAACAAGAUGGUCAAGUUAAGUACAUUUCUUAGCAGUACCUCUGUACAAGAUCUGAAGUUGGGAUUUUGUUCCGAAAAGAUUUGGGUGCAGCCAGAAUGUCUGACGGAAAGUCUGGCAUCUGUGUUCCGACAACUAAGGUUUGUGAAUCUAGUUGAACUUCCUGAAGGGUAUGAUCUCACCUGGACAAUGUUCAUUCUUGAAGCUGCACCCUUUCUGAAGGAGCUAUACAUGACAGUAUGGGAUCAUGUGUGUCAUAUGGAAUUGGAUGAGGAGAAGCGGAAAAAAUUACAGUAUAGUGAGAACAAGGGUGUAGAGUGGGGCUCGACUGCAUCUGAUUUCCAACACCACAGUUUGGUCACACUCGUCAUAUUUGGCUUUGAAUCUGAAGAAUACUUUGUUAGUUAUGUCAAACGUAUUAUGGCGGCGGCGAUCAAUCUAGAGGAUGUGUUCCUGUAUAGUAGGUUGGAGUUGGAGUGUGGCAAGUGCCAGGACUUGAAGCCGACAAGGUUCCCCUGGACUAAAAGGCAGAAGAUUUCAUUGAAGAAGAGAAUCACUACAGGGAUUGAGUCGUUUGCCAUAAUCCACUCGUCCGGGCCGUCGCGCCGCCGCUGCUUCCUCCCGCCGCCCAUCCUGCGGAACCUCGUAGGCGGGCGCGGCGGGGGAGCUGGGGGCCGAGGGGAGAGCGCUGCGGCGGCUGGUGGACAGCAUGAUGAGGUCAAUAGCACCUAUUUUUGUGGGUGUUGUGAAGGAUAGUGAGAACUUUGACUUCUGUAUGUGCAAUCCACCUUUCUUUGAGAGUAUGGAGGAAGCUGGCCUUAACCCCAAAACUUCUUGUGCUGGAACUGCUGAAGAGAUGGCUUGUCCUGGUGGCGAGCAAGCCUUUAUAACACAUCUAAU